GCGGGUGUGAUGCCGCUCCGCAUCGCCCACCGACGCAGCGCAGCACCCAAAACAAAAGAUCGCCGGAUUCGUACUACUACCACUAGGCGAGAAGCGAGGAGAGAAGCUGCCGCCGCCGCCGGUCGUUGUUCCUCCUCCGGUCUUCCAAGAAGCGGUAGCUCCACUCCCAUGGGGUCUUCGCCCAACCGCUCCUCCUCCUCCUCCUCCUCCUCCUCCUCCGUCUCCCCGCCGCCGUCUCCCUCCGACCGGCAAGGGAGGCUCACCACGACGCAGCUGGAACAGCUCAGGGUGGAGCAGGAGGUCUACGGGAUCUACCGCCUCUUCCAUGGCGUCGCCCCCCACACCCGGUCCUUCACGCUAGAACUUUGGCGUGACAAACACAUUGAAUUUCUAACAAGAGGGCUCAAGCAACUUGGACCAAACUAUCAUGUGCUAGAUGCCAAUCGUCCUUGGCUAUGCUAUUGGAUUAUUCACUCAAUCACUUUAAUGGGAGAAUCUGUCAACUCAGAACUUGAAGACAAUGUGGUGCAAUUUUUGUCCCAUUGUGAGGACAAAAAUGGUGGAUAUGGUGGUGGACCAGGGCAGAUGCCUCAUCUUGCAACAACUUAUGCUGCUGUUAACACACUUAUUACUUUGGGAGGCGAGAUGUCGUUGUCAUCUAUACAUAGAGAAAAUAUGCUCAAGUUUUUGCUGCAGAUGAAAGAUUCUUCAGGUGCAUUCAGAAUGCAUAAUGGCGGUGAAAUUGAUGUUCGUGCUUGCUAUACGGCAAUAUCGGUUGCUAGUAUUCUCAAUGUUCUGGAUGAUGAGCUGGUAACAGAUCUUGGAAAUUAUAUUUUGAGCUGUCAAACAUAUGAAGGUGGUAUUGCUGGGGAGCCUGGUUCAGAAGCUCAUGGGGGGUACACAUUCUGUGGGCUGGCCACAAUGAUUCUGAUUAAUGAGGCUGAUAAGCUGGAUUUGCCUAGUUUAGUUGACUGGGUAGCAUCUCGUCAAGGAGUGGAGUGUGGCUUUCAAGGGCGAGUAAAUAAGUUGGUUGACGGUUGCUACUCCUUUUGGCAAGGAGGUGUUCUUGCUUUGGCACAAAGGCUAUUGCUGAUUGUUCACAAACAGCUGGAGUCCUCUUUUAUCAGUGGAGUGCAGGCAUCUGCUGAGUGUAAGAAAUCAUGUAAUUUCACUGCAGAGGAAACUGGCCAAGAUGAAAACUUAUGCAGAGCUGGGACUUCUCAUCCUGAAAAUGAAGGAGAAGAACUUUCAGAUUUUGGUUUUUCUUUUAUAGGAAGACAUACUGAAUGUGGCCCUUUAUUCCAUAGUAUCGCUUUGCAGCAAUAUAUACUCCUAUGUUCCCAGGUGCUUGAGGGAGGAUUCAGGGACAAGCCUGGCAAGCAGCGGGACUUCUACCACUCAUGCUACUGCCUGAGUGGUCUGUCCGUGUCUCAGUAUAGCUGGUCAAAAGAUGAUGGUGGACCUCCAUUAACGAGUGCAGUGUUGGGUCCCUACACUAACCUGUUGGAGCCAGUCCAUCCUCUCUAUAAUGUUGUUCUCCAUAAAUACUACAAAUCACAUGAAUUCUUCUCAACUCUCUGAUCAUCAAGGUUAUCCCUUCAAACCUCUGCAUCACACAAUAUAAUGAAGAGCCCAACUAUCAUGUAAGCAAUCCUUCCAGAGUCGUGCUUCCUCGUCGUGCCCGGAAGAAUGGUCUCUCUUUACUUAUAAAGAUAUCGAUUCUUGUACCAGGAGCAGUGGAGUUCUUUUUUUCCUAGUCAAAAGUAUGAGAUGGUUAAUAUUCUGCAUGUCAUGGCUUUCCACAGCAAAAGAAAGCCUCAGGCACGGAGGAAAAGUAGCUAAUUGUAUCUGCACCUGAUUACCGGGGAUUUAUAGGGUGAGGAGAAAGCAUAGGUUCCUAACCAUUGCUUUAUCAUGCCCCCAACGUGCACUGCUAUUUCUUGUUGAUGUUGAAUUACCAAACCUGAACCCUCCACAUUAAUAUUGGCUCCAAUGUCGAGCAUGACAAUAUAUUCAUCCAUGAUGAAGUGUAUGUUUUAACAAGAUUUGAUAGUUUGAUUUUGUUUAUUAUCUACUUUCAUGGAA